AUGGCCGCCCGCGCAGCACGUAGCCCGGCGCUUGCCCAGAGCGUCGUUGCCGCUCAUCGCCCGCGGACAUCGCGUUGCUCCAGAUGCCUACGCUCUCCUCCCGCCAUACAAUCAGCCUCCGCAAUGUCCAUCUUCUACCACCCCUCACGGCGGCGAGAGAGCUCCAGCUGGGCCGCCGCUGCCGUUGCCGCUCAGCAGAUUUUCAAGAACUCAGCUCCGGACCCAUCAGCGCCCAUCUCUGUGGACCCAUUGCGGUCUGUUGCCAAAGAGAUGAAGUUUCUUACCAAGAACAUACGCCAAUUGCUCGGCUCGGGACAUCCUACCCUUGAUACCGUGGCCAAAUACUACACCCAGUCCGAGGGUAAAUACGUUCGGCCCAUGCUCGUGCUGCUCAUGUCGCGCGCAACCGCAUUAAUCCCCAGCAACGACCGCCCCACCGCCCAUAAUGUAGACCGCUCCAUUGCCCCGCCCAACAUCCUCGUCGACGAGAACCCCGCCGCCCCCGAGAACACGCCCAUCACCUCGCAAAACUCCAUCGACAACACAUACCGCCCGGACGACUCGGACAUCCUGCCCUCGCAGCGCCGGUUAGCGGAGAUCACGGAGCUCAUCCACACGGCGUCGCUGCUGCACGACGACGUCAUCGACCACUCGGAGGCGCGGCGGGGCGCGGCGUCGGCCAACGUCGAGUUCGGCAACAAGAUGACGGUGCUGGCGGGCGACUUUUUGCUGGGGCGGGCGUCGGUGGCGCUGGCGCGGCUGCGCGACCCGGAGGUGACGGAGCUGCUGGCCACGGUCAUCGCCAACCUGAUCGAGGGCGAGUUCAUGCAGCUGAAGAACACGGCGCGCGACGAGAAGGACCCCGCCUUCACCGAGGACACGGUCACGUACUACCUGCAGAAGACGUACCUCAAGAGCGCCAGCCUCAUCAGCAAGAGCUGCCGCGCCGCCGCCAUCCUCGGCGGCGGCGCGCCCGACGUCGUCGAGGCCGCGUACCAGUACGGCAAGAACCUCGGCAUGGCGUUCCAGCUCGUCGACGACAUGCUGGAUUACACCAUCUCUGCCGAGGAGUUGGGCAAGCCUGCCGGGGCGGACUUGGAGCUGGGGUUGGCGACCGCGCCGUUGCUUUUCGCGUGGAAGAGCAAUGCGGAGCUGGGUGCUCUGGUGGGCAGGAAGUUUUCGCGGGCUGGAGAUGUCCAGAAGGCGAGAGAACUCGUGGCGCGCAGCAGCGGCCUGGAGCAGACCCGCGCGUUGGCCCAGCAGUACGUUGAUAACGCGAUCCAGGCCAUCAGUGGCUUCCCCGCUAGCGAAGCCAAGGAAGGUCUCGUCGAGAUGUGCACCAAGGUCAUGAAGCGGAGGAAGUAA